CGAGAGGACGAAGACGUGGGGUAAAGUUGGGAGAUUCCGGUUAAAGAAGAGAGAGACCAACCAAAUGCCCAUCUGGACGCCUCCGAAAUUUCCAUUCCUUCUCUCCCCGCCGCCCUCCUCUCUAUCCCUCCUUCUCUUCCCUCUUCUCCGUUCUCUCUCGGCGAAGUCGAAUCCCCUGCUCUUCUUCUCGGCAGAUGAAGUACCGGCUCCUCCUCCGCAAGCUCAGGGAUUCACUCCUCCCCUGGCAUCGCCCCUCUCGUGCAGGUUGUUGAUGGGAUGGGAAGGAUGUUGGCUUCUUGGAGAUAAUGCUUCCUUUCUAUCAGGUCCAAUACCAUUUGUUAAGAAAUUCUCAUCCAAGGAGAUUAAGAAAGCAACUGAUGGGUACAGCAUGAUUCUUGGAAAUGGUCGUCAUGGAACUAUAUAUAAAGCUCGAUUUCAUGAUGGUCUUGUUGCUUCAGUAAGGAAGAUACAAUUUAUGCAACAAGGCAAGAAUGCUUUCUAUAGGAAAGUGCAACUCUUAGGACGCUUGCACCAUCGCCAUCUUGUCAGACUUCAAGGAUUUUCUGAAGGAAAUGAUAGGUUUCUUGUCUUUGACCACAUGGAAAAUGGAAGCUUAAAGGAGUAUCUACAUGAUCCACUUAGAACACCGUUGAAUUGGAGGACCAGGUUACAGAUUGCUGUUGAUGUGGCAGCUGCUCUGGAAUAUCUUCAUUAUUUCUGUGACCCUCCUGUUUAUAAUGUGUCCAUCAACUCAAAUAAUGUAUUGUUGGAUGAGAACUUUGUGGCCAAGCUAUCUGAUGUGGGAUUUCUGGACUCUGACUUGAAUCAAAUUGAUGAACCUAACUGUACCUUUUCAGAAGAGCACAUUGAUCAAAGAAGCAAGGAAUUGUUGUUUCAGUUUGGUGUGCUGAUCCUUGAGCUCAUAACUGGUCAAUCAUUGGGUGGUGAUGAUGAACUAGUCCAAUGGGUCCAAGAAUCUGGUUUUGUGUAUUCAAUGCACAAGAUGGUGGAUGCUGAUCUUGGAGACAGUUAUGAUUCCAAAGAGCUUAAAAGCCUUCUGGUUCUAGCAAGAUUGUGUACCAAGACUGGAGAUGGACCAUUGAUUUCUAUUCCCCAGAUACUCCGUUAUUUGCAAGGAAAGCUUAAGGAUCUUUGCCGCCAUGUAUCCUCUGAAGGAAGCGUGCUCAUAGGUGCAAUCUUGAUCACCGAGAAUAGGCCUUUCUGAUUUCUUAUUUUAUGAUUUUCUCAAAGGAAUGGAUGAACUAAAUAAAAAAGCUGGAUGCACAAGUGUGUGCUAAGUCUGGGGCCUGAAUUGCCAACAAAAGUUAGAGAACUGGAGUGCAGAAAUUGACGAGUCCAGCGAGGUCUAGUCGUUGUUGUCAGUUGGGCAACAUUUUUUUUUCUUAAGGGUCUAUAGCACAACUUGUUCUUUAAUCCAACUGUAUUUUCUCCAUUUCUCUAUAUACCCUUCUUAGAAGGUUGCCUUCUUUUAUUAUUACUAUUGUUUCCCAUUGCUUUGUUGUAUGUCAUGACCUGAUGUUUCUACUGCAUGGAAAUCCAUUUAAGAGAUUCAGUGUUAUUGUCUU